AAAGAAACUAAAAGCUGAAUCCUUCCGUUAGACCUACUUCUUACUAAAUCUAGAUCUAGUAGUAGACCUUGCAAGUACAAAAAUAAUAAAAUAUAGCCAUCUGCAGUAGAGAAGAAAAAUGCUUGGAUUGCUGUUUCCCUGUUUUAGCAGCCGGAAAAAGAAUUUGAUCAUUCAACUGCUGAUUCUCAUUUAUUUGGGUUUGGUUGCUUUUGCUUUGUUUAACUACUGCAACCAUUGUGCUGUGACGUCACCUAGAAGUUUAAUGGAUCCAGCCAAUAUUGAAGUUUCGGUUCGAGGAGAUUGCACACUGGACUUUGAUAAGCUAGGUGUUCAAGAAGUUCAUAAGUAUGAUGAUCCCAGUGAAGAAAGUAUAAUCGCGGCUAAUCCAAAUGUAACACGAGGAGGAAAAUGGGCCCCUACUGAUUGUAAAGCAUGGCAGAAAGUUGCCAUUAUUUUACCUUAUAGAGAUCGCGUCCAUCCUCUGAAGCUCUUAUUGCGGCGCCUUCAUCCCAUGCUUCAAAUACAGAAACUUGACUACCAGAUUUUUGUUAUAGAACAGGCAGGAACAGGGCAGUUCAAUCGAGGAAAGCUGUUCAAUGUCGGCUUCAUGGAGGCUAUCAAGUCCCAGGAUUUUGAUUGUCUAAUCUUCCACGAUGUUGACCUGCUGCCAGAGGAUGACCGCAACUUGUACUUGUGUGAUGAGCAUGGGCGCCACCUGGAGACCGCCACAGAUGAUCUCAGAUACCAUUUGAAAUACUACAACUAUGCAGGCGGAGUUGUUGCUAUUAACGCAUUCAACUUUCAGCGCAUCAAUGGAUUUGCUAACUCCUACUGGGGUUGGGGCAAUGAAGAUGAUGAUUUUUCAGCCAGAAUUACAGAGUCAGGCCUGUUACUCACUAGACCACCAGAGAUCAUUGGCAGAUACCAGAUGGUUCCACACAUGAAAAACUCCAGAUCUUCUUCUGGAAAUGGAAUGUUUUUUGGAUGGAGAAGAAGAUGGCAGACAGAUGGGCUCAAUGACCCUGUGGGAAUGAACUACACAGUGGUCAGCAUAGAAGCUGCUCCACUGUUUACCAAAGUGACUGUGGAUAUCGGGGCUCCACCACCUGAUAUGGAUGUCUACAUGAAGGACCACUCCCAGGAUAUCUCGCUCUGGUGGUUUCUAUCAUUCUACUAUCCAUAACUUCCGCUGUUGUUCAAUGAGGAGAGAAGAACUUCCUGGCACCAGACUUCUGCUCAACUACAUGUAACUUUUUAAAUGUACUUUUAAUAUACUUGUUGUGACAAGGGAUCUUUCAUUUUUAUGGUUAAUGGAGUAUUUUGGAAUAUCAUUGAUGUAGUUUUGUCCCUUGUUUUUAACCUGUAAUCUUUAGCAUUACAAAAAAUAUGAGCAAGACUACAUAUAAGAACUUUAUAUGUUUUGUAGUUUUUUUUUGUGUGUGCUGGUGAUUGCAAAUUACAUUAUUUUAAAAAAUGAGACAAUCUUUGUUAUUGUUAAACAUACAUUCAGAUUGUGCAAGGGUUAGAGCUACUGAAGUGAGUUUAUGAUUUGUUGUGCAGUUUUGUUGUGAACCCACUUGCAGAGUAUUUUGUACACAUUCUCUCAUAUCCAUAAUCCACUUUUCAUUCUCUAAUGUCUAUAAUUUAUUUAUCAUUCUCUCAUAUGUAUAAUCCAUUUUUGAAUCUGAUUGAUUUAGCUUUGAUUAUUGUGUUCAUGUUAAAUUGUAUUAAAAUGGUCUAUACUGCUGGUAAUUAACUUGUAUUUAUGCAAA